UUUUACUGCUUCUAUAACCAAUAUAAUAAUAAUUUUAUCAAACGGAAAUAAGUAAUACUAAAAAGUAACAUAAAUCAAAUAUGUAAUGAGAUUUAAAAAUAAAAAUAAAAAAGAAAGAAAGAUGCGAGAAAGAAAAUUUGAUUGGUUGUGGCUUUUCUCACAAGCAAAAGGCUGAGCAAGUCGAACGACUUAUUCGCCUAUGCCCCCGCCUCUAUCAUUCAGUUUCAGCUCAAUUAGUAAAUAUAUUACUAUCUUAUUUUGUAGUUACAAUUCUAUUUUUUAAUAAUACGAAAUAAUAUAUUCAGAUCUCUCUCUCUCUUUUUUUUUUCUUUCUUAAUUUUCGGUCCCCAGGAGCGGCAAUAAAUACGCUAGUAUUAUUCCAUCCAUUGGUCAGACAUAACUUAAGUUUCCGGUGAACCUUAAACCUCAAAAACCCUUUCUCUCAUUUCGUGAUGGCUGAAACGCCGGCAUCUCCUAUCAACGGAUCUGUUUCUGCUCCGGUUCUCCUGUCGGAUUCGGCGGCCAAAGACGUGAUGAUCACUUGGUUUCGCGGCGAGUUUGCGGCGGCUAACGCCAUAAUCGACGAGCUAUGCGGGCACUUAAUGCAGGUGAGCGAGUCAGCGGGGGAGGAAUACGAGGGCGUGAUGGCGGCGAUUCAUAGGCGGAGGAUGAACUGGAUCCCAUUGCUCCAGAUGCAGAAAUACCAUCCUAUCUCCCAAGUUACGCUCCAGCUGCAAACCGCGACGGCGGCCAAGAUCAACAACAACAAACUCAUCAUGAUCGAUCCUGUAGAUUCAAUCCUCGACGAUGAUUCUCCCACUAGCGAUAUCACUGAUUCCGGAUCUCGAGAAGAAGAGCGUGUAGAGGAGGACGCCAUGACAAUAUGUUGCAAGCACGAAGAAGAAGAAUGUGAAUCUCGAGCUUCUUCACUCAUCAAGCAGUCCAAGCGUUUCUCGGCCAAGGAACAUGUUCGAGGACAUACGACAAAUGUCGUCAAAGGCCUAAAACUGUACGAACAUGUGUUCACUGAAACUCAACUCUCCAAGCUUUCGGAUUAUGUGAAUGGACUCCGAGAGGCUGGUCGGAAUCAGGAACUUCCAGGGGAGACGUUUGUUCUGUUCAACAAGAACACGAAAGGGACCAAAAGAGAGCUUAUUCAGCUUGGAAUUCCAAUUUUUGGGAACACCACAGAUGAACACUCAGUGGCACCUAUCCCAACCCUUCUUGAAAGUGUGAUUGAUCAUCUUCUUCAGUGGCGUUUGAUUCCUGAAUACAAACGACCCAAUGGCUGUGUGAUCAACUUCUUUGAUGAGGAGGAACACUCCCAACCAUUCCAGAAACCACCUCACGUGGAUCAACCCAUAUCCACUCUGGUCUUGUCUGAAUCAACCAUGGUUUUUGGACACCGAUUUGGGGUCGAUAGUGAUGGCAACUUCAGGGGCUCACUCACUCUCCCACUAAAGGAAGGGUCGUUGCUGGUGAUGAGAGGCAACAGCGCUAAUAUGGCUAGGCAUGUAAUGUGUCCAUCGCUAAACAAAAGAGUUGCAAUCACUUUCUUUAAACUCAAACCAGACUCCAGUAGUAAGGCCCAAGCGCCGCUAACCAUGAACCAUGUCACCCUGUGGCGGCAAGGCAAUCCAGCUCCCCCGGUUUUAAACCCAUUCAACAUGGUCAGAGCUCCGUUGGUGAUGCUAGCUCCGGCUCCUAAGAGGCUAGACGCUGGCACUGGAGUUUUCUUGCCGUGGACACCUCCGCCAGUGUCAAGAAAACCGACAAAGCAUCUCCCACCGCGCGUCCAGAGGCUGCGUCUCCUAUCAUCAGCUGCAAAGUCGGUGGCGGAUCGUGAAGCCUCGUCAUCACCGGAGAUCGGAGUGAUCUGAGUCGAAAAGUGUCACACACGUUAUCUACAAAGUCAGCAGAGUUUUUUUCUUUCCUUGAUCGUAUACUUCAAGUUUGAUGGGUUUUUUCUUGUUCAUUCCUAACCUUUUCUUUCGUUUACCUAAUUUUACUACAAUUGUUAUGCUACAUCAGCUGUUAUGGUUCACAGGGAACAAGUGAACUAUUUGAAUUAAAAUAUGCUCCCACUUCCCACAAGUUUCAAUCAAGUAAACAAGAAACUUGACCAAAUUUGCCUAUACAACUGCUUUUACUUUACCAAAGGGAGCAUGAAGAAGAAACCAGAGAUUCUGAUUUUUUUUCUGAAACAUAAUAGCUUCCAUUGGCUCAAUUUCCCCAUCCCACAAGCGUAGAAUCAAAGCAAAUCCCAUGUCCUACUCAUUAUCUUCAUAUACUACAAACACUAAAACAACAAUCAUCCCAUAGAGUAAAGAAAACCCCUUUCUUGUUCGUCUUGACAGAGAAUGCACAGAAGAGAGGAUGA